UCUUUCUUUCUGGCCCAGAUAUUCCUCCUGGCUUUCAACUACCAGCAAAAUUGACUCUUUUUUUAGGAGAAGCCAGGAAACUUGACUCCAGUUCUCCUGCAACAAGAUCCUACCAGCUCGCCGGUGAAGAUGCCGGGCCCUGGACCACACAUGAUGUACGCGCUCGGCGCCGGAACUGGCCUCAUGCGCUUAAGCCAUGGCCGUUUCACUCCUCAGCACUGCCUCUUCUACGCUUUGAACGCCUUCCUCGGCCCAGAUCUCGGUUCCUUUGCCGAAUGGCUGGCUUCCUUUUUUCCUGCCGGAACCGCCGGCCGCCGCCUUGGCGGCUUGGCCAUGGAAUUUGUUCAUCACCCUUUCUAUUACAUCCUGGUUCUUGGAUUCCCACUUUCGUUGUUAUAUGCUUGGCUCUCCCGCGUCCUUCUAAACAAGGGUUUGGUUGAUACAGUUUCAGGGGUUGCUUUGAGUAGGAAACAGUGCUUCUGCCUUGUGGCUGCGGGUUCUUUGUCACAUUUUUUCCUUGAUCAUCUGUUCGAGGAAAAUGGUCAUUCUUCAAUGUAUACAUGGAUAUUGAGUACCGGUUGGUGGCAAGGCCGGGCUCCCAUUAAUCCAGAUUCUGUUAUCAUAAUAGGAUUCUUGUGCACUUGUUUGAUUGUGGGAUUUGUUUAUAUCAAUAGAGUGAAGCAUGGAGAAUCCAUUAUAACAAAUGCAAACAAAUCAUUGAGAUUAAUAAUGGCGAUAGCAAGCUUUUACUGCGUUUGGUGCAUGAUUCAGAUAUACCUGCGAACCCCUCCACAGCCAGCCGUUGGUGAAGAGGCAGAUCUUGGAGUGCUGGUAUUCCUCGCCAUCUACUUCUUUCUUCCUCAUUACUUCUGCAUCUUCUCAGUUACCCAGAAAGAUUAUGGCAAUGAGCAGCUGCCAUUAUAGCUCAUAUCUCAUGUUGUAUAUCUUCAGCUGUAAGUAAAUAAGAGCCGAGCUACAUACUCUGUACAUGAGCGAGCAUAUCUAUUAGUUUUGUUAUUAAAGUUAAGUCAUAAUCAAGCUUUAA